UAGAUAAGGUGGCAGGCAGAGUCAGAAAGUGUGGAUGUUUCCAUCGCUCGUCCGCCUUUGGAAUGCUGUCGCUGUGGAGAAGACUACCAAUGAUUCUCCUUAACAGCAGUCACUGUUUCACGGAUGCACUUCAUCCCACCAGGAAGGGAAGCUGAACUUGGUCGACAAGCAAGCAAGGUCUGGACAUGUCAACUAACCCUCUGACCAUGCCUAACAAACCGCCGUUAGCAGCACCCUCCCAGUUAAACCCUAACAGGACCGCAGCACCACACAUCUCUGUCAACAACAUGACCAUGGCACCUAUGUCUAUCAACAACAACACCACGGCAGCACCCACGUCUGUCAACAACAGCACUACAGCACCCGUGCCUGUCACCCAUAGCCCGCGGGCAGCCAGCUUUGUCGCCAAUAACACUGCGGCACCUAUCUCGGCCACCAAUAGCACGGCCCUAGCCACCACCGCGGCCCCUGGUUUCAUCAUCAGCUGGUUGGACAAGAUCCCCUUGCCGCGAUGGGCCAUCUACGCCAUCUUGGCUCUCAUCCUUCUGGUGGUACUGAUCUGUGUGCUGUGCGUGUGCAUCAAGUGCUGCUGCCGGGGGAAGAAGAAGAAGAAGAAGAAACUGGAGCAGCAGGUCAAUAUGAAGGGCCUGAACGGCUCCACCACCACCGCGCUGGUCCAGCCUGACGUGAAUGAUGUGGAGUAUGGUUCAGCGGACAACCCGAGGGGCCAGCUUCUGUAUUCUCUGGAGUACAGCGCACCCAAAUCUGAGUUGACAGUGGGUAUAAAGCAGGCUGCUGGUCUGAAGGCCAUGGACAUUGGUGGGACAUCCGACCCCUAUGUGAAACUCUAUCUUCUCCCCAACAAGUCCAAGACGUACGAGACUAAGGUCUUCCGGAAAACACUGCAGCCGGUCUUUAACGAGCACUUCAAGUUCCAGAUCAAGCAGCCUGAGCUUAGCGAGUCCACACUAGUGAUGCAGGUGUAUGAUUUCAAUCGGUUCUCAAAGCACGACAUCAUUGGUGAACUCCGGCUACAGCUGUCCUCAGUGGACUGGAACCAUGUCAUUGAGGAGUGGAAAGAUCUGACCGAGGCAUCCAAGUUUGAGCAAGAGAAUUUGGGAGAUAUCUGCUUCUCGCUGAGAUAUGUCCCCACAGCCAGUAAGCUUACUGUUGUUAUUCUUGAAGCAAAGCAUUUGAAAAAAAUGGACCAUGGAGGAGGUUUAUCUGAUCCUUAUGUCAAAAUUCAGUUGACAUUGGACAAGAAAAAAUGGAAGAAAAAGAAAACAUCUGUGAAAAAGAGGACACUAAACCCAUAUUUUAAUGAGUCUUUUACAUUUGAAGUUUCUUUUGACCAGAUUCAGAGGGUCCAGUUGGUGAUUUCCGUGUGGGACCAUGACAAAGUCAGCAGGAACGACGCCAUCGGGAAGAUUUUCCUGGGCUGCGACGCCUCGGGCAACCAGCUGCGGCACUGGGCAGACAUGCUGUCCAACCCCCGCCGGCCAGUGGCCCAGUGGCACACCCUCCUACCCGCCGAACAGGUGGAUGCCACCCUGGCACUCAAGCACACCAUCAAGAUCCCCUUCACUGGCAAAACCUUCUGAUGGGACUAUCCACCUUUAUCCAACAAGUCCUCGUGUCCAUUUCAUAUCAUUUUGUACCCUGACAGAGUUUCCGGUCUGCUAGUUCAGAUUAAUGGGUGUCACUAAAAUCUAUGGACUUGAGAGCCCCCCAUGCUAGCAUUGUGACGCCCAUGUAACUGGUGGAUAAUUAAGUGGAUAUUAAGACCGGCAGAUGAGGGACCAAAAUCCUAUAAUGAUGAUCAAUGGGCCAGCAAUGGAAUUGCUAAAUGCUAGCAGACACUGCAAACAAACCAAGGGAGCAGCAAGCACAAUGGUGCAGCAAAACACUCGGGAUAAAGCUGACUGUGUUAUCCAGCAUAUAUGGAAGGAAAUAUGUAGUUCAUGUUAAAUUAAUGUUACUCUGGAAUAAAACAAUCAAAUAGAUGGGCAAAAUGGAGCUUCAAUCAUUUCAAUACUCAAAAACAUAUACGUUC